UGAAUAACAAAUAACCGUGUGAAACGAUAAAUGACAGUAAUCAAAUUAUAAUACAAUAGUCGUGAAAUGUGUUUUGUGAUUUUGAAACCUUAACAGAGCCAUCCCAGACUAGCAACCUACAGAAAUUCCUUAGGAUUUGAUGAAAAUGGAAGAAAAGCAUUGCAAAACGGCAUAAGCGCGACACGCGCUUGAAAUGUUGAUUCAACGAUGGCGGAAUUUCUGCCUCUUUGCGAUGUGCUAUUCAAUGUGAUCUCUUUGGCGGGCUAUUUCUGCGACGUGGUGUUCGAUGUAGUGAUGGGGUACGCUUUACUAGAGCGUGGAUACAAAGGCACAUUCGCAGCGGCUAUAUCUAUUGUUAUCACAUCUCUGCUAAUAUCACAGGUGCUGUCCAUACGAUGGUAUCUCCAUGUAUGGUGGGCGAGUGAAGGUCGCAAAGACCGCCCGCCGUGGCUGCCCAUAGUCCUCCACUGCCUGCAACUCGGCGUGUUGUGGCGGUACGCGAGGCUGCUGGUACCUGUCGAACUCCAUCGUGUGAAGCACCAAGUUAGAGAUCUGUGUAUGCUGCGACUAGUGCACGCAUUCUGCGAAGCGGCGCCGAUGCUGCUCCUCCAGCUGCACAUCCUGCUGAAGGAGCCGGCGCGGGAGCCCCCCAGCGAACUCGGCGUCGCGCCCGAGCCCAGUAUUGAUGAACCUACAGCCAACAAAGCGUUCGCGGAGCUGAACGUGAUCUCGGCGUCGCUGUCGAUGUUCUCCGUGUGCUGGGCGCUGGCCAGCUUCAGCAAGAACGUGCGGCUGCAGAAUGUCCAUCGGUUGGUGCUCACUUGGCUCGGGGUCAUCUUCCAGUUCCUCUGGCGCCUGGGCACGAUAUCAGCGCGGGUGUGCGCCCUCACCGUGUACGCUCUGGUCUACGAAUACUGGGUUUUUCUAGUUAUUGGUCUGCACUGGGUGUCGAUGUGGCUGUGGCUGUCGUCGCCGCGCAGCGCGCUGGCGGCGGAGCGGCGCUCGCUGCGCGCGCUCGUCGCCGCCGUGCACGUGCUCGCCUACGUCAGUCUGCACGAGCGCCCGCAUCGACAGAACAUGGUGACGUUCUACCUAGUGAUGUGCGUGGAGAACUGGCUGCUGGUGUCGGCGUGGUGGUGGUCCCGCUCAGAGCGCCGCUGGCCGCACCCCGCGCUCGUGGCCGCGGCGGUCGCUGGCGCCUUCGCUGCGGGGCUGGCGUGUAUGCUGCUGUAUUACAGAUAUUUCCACGUCAGAAGACUCGGGUACAUGCUUGGGGAACAACAGGGAACUAACAGCACCAACGCUUCGUCUCAGAACAAGAACGGUAAACCAUCCCAGACUGACAACACAGCUAUACCUGGAGUAUUUAACUGCCGAUUUACAAAUCCCGUUAGUAAUAGCGCUGCAGCCGGGCGCAAGAAGAAAAAACCAACAUCAUUCGUGCCUCCCCCCGCCGCGCCCGCCGCCCCCGCCGCCGCCUUCUGGCGGAGACCGCUGCCAGCCGCUCACAACCAUCAUGGAGGAUCUUCGGAAAACGAAGGGUCUUCUGUGGGCUCCCGCGUCAACAUCCAGCAGAAACUGCAGGAGAAGAAGCAGAAACAACUGGCGGAGUUGAGAGUCAUCGAGGAAGAGAUCAAACAGGGUAAACUCGCCAAGACAACACCAGUGGCGGCCGAGGAAAUCUACAGUAGCCUCCAGCGACAGCCCAUACCGCGAGCGAAGACGCACGCGGAGCCCCCGGCCUGGCCCAGCAUUGAAAUGGCGCACUCCUACCAAAACUACCCCGUCAUACCCCACACGUGCACCAUCUACCCAACUUACACGGAAAUCAAACCGGGAUAUGGCCUUCAAAACUUCCCUCCCGAAGACAACCCUACCGAAUUGAACGACCUAAAAAUCCGAAGACUCCCGAACCGAUACGACAACGCCCGAACGUUUUAUGAAAACCCAACGAACAUGCGCAGCGACGUCGCGCGCGCGCCGCUCCGCUCACCAAAUUAUUUAGCUUUAGAAACUAGAAGUUACGACACGAACGGCUGCGGGAGUCCGCGGAACGUAAUAAACAAUAGUCCUAAGAAUUACGCCACAGAAGUUGCCAAUGAGUACGAAGCGGCGAUAGACAAGCCUAGGUUACAAACUAAUAUGUACAAUGAAGAAAAUAGGAAUUUGGAAUAUGGGUACUGUGAGAACGGGCAGGUUUAUUCCAGGAAAGAUGAUUAUUCGUUGCAUAGUGCGUUGGCGAACGUGCAGAGUAUAGAGAAUAUAAGGAGUACGUAUGAGGGUUGUGGGUACGGUCAGGAAUGCGAGAGGUUCUAUAUGGGGAAGAAGGAGCGCAAAAUGCAGCGGUGUCGGACGCCUGAAAUUCUAUUGGCACCGCACUACUUGGAGGGCUGCACUCGACAGGUGUGCUGUCACUGGGGAGCGCCCUACACGAAUAGAAAAAAAGAAGAUAUCGCAGGGUGUGCGGGUGUCGUAGCCGGGGUGCCGCACAGCAGCGGGGAGGAGUCCCCUCUGGCGCGGGACAAUCUCCGGGACACGCCGCGGGACACCCCCCGUCCUCCCAGCGACAUUGAUAGCCAGAUAUCAUUACCACGAUCAUACACUCUGCCGCGGGAGUUCCGCUACUGGCGGCGGCGGCCGAGACUGAGGGACACGCACGUACCCAGCAACAACAGUAGCGAUGGUGACGUGGACAGCGCAGACAACGACAGCGACCACCGCUCCAACUGCUCCACCGCCUCGCAAGUACAAAGCCCCACGUAUUCCUUCCAGUACGCGCACAGACCGGACAUGUUGCCUCGAGACGAGGCCAGGUAUAGCGAGGUGUACGCGUGCCCUGAACGCAGGAGACGGCGGAAUAAGCAAGGCGCUAAGCCUGAGACUAAGCUGUAAGGUCGUUCUCUUAUAGAGAAAAAAAUUAGUUGACAUUAAAAAUGUGUAUAUUGGCAGUUUUAGUCGAUAUCAUUUGGUAUGAGCCAAAAUAAUCGAUAGUAUCGAUAAUACUGACUCAUUUUGUGUCGAAACUAUCGAUAGUUACACUUUUACCAAACUAUCGAGAGUGGAACAAUCGAUAAGACUGGAGAUUUUCGAUAGUUGCCAAUCACCCACAUUAGUAAUCAAACAUGUAUAAAAUAUUAUAAGACAAAGUGUAAUGUAACCAUAGUAUUCAAUGUAAACACCUAUAUUCUAUAGUACCUACUAUAGAAUAUAGGUCUAAUCAUACGAAAGUCCUACGUAAUCUACUUAUAACCUAUAACCUACUUAGUAAGUUAUAGUUAGUACAUAAUUCCUUAGUUUCUGAUGCAGAAUAAGUGUAAAUUAAAUUGAAAAUCACACCAAUAAAAUUUUGUUCAAAAUGUGCUACAAAUAUAGGGACCAGUGUACAUUAUGAUCUCUUGUUACCUCUUAAGUAUUUCUGAUCACUCUUUAAACUUUUAUCUCAUCUCUUAAAUAGGGUAUAAUCUAAUAUUUUAAUUAUUUAGAUUUUUGUAUAAACAUUUUACUAAUGUUAGUCAAUAUUGUAAAUCUUUGACAUACUCCGUCCGUGUAAAAGUAUUUGAAUUGGAUCUCGUCCGUUUCAUUCAUGAAUGUAUAACCUUAUCAAGUAUUUUAGAAUGUGAUUAUGUAAAUGAUUUUGUAAUUUACUGUAUCAUAUUGUAUACAUAUUAUAUGUAAGGAAAGGAGAUGGAAAUAAAACAGACAAAUCAAA